AUGACGGCUGUGGCUCGUCGUCACCAUUUUACCUUCGAAGACAUUGUCCAUGAGGAGUGGGAAGAUUUCAAGUUGCAGUACGACAAGCACUACACGUCCAAAUCGGAAGACCGUCACCGCAUGGGCGUUUACGCCCUGAACAAAUACAAGAUAGCAAAGCACAAUGAAAUGUACGAAAAAGGGAUGCGCUCAUACAAACUAAAAAUGAACAAGUAUUGCGACAUGAUGGGGCCCGAAUUCAACAAGAAAAUGAAAGGUUUCAUUUACCGAGUCGCUCGUGAUGCUGCGAAUCACACAAAGCCCUUCAGGACACCUAUGUUGGCAGACUACCCCGCGACGGUAGACUGGCGUCAGCGGGGCGUGGUUACGGAUGUCAAGGACCAGAAGCAGUGCGGCUCCUGUUGGGCCUUCAGUGCUACCGGCGCUCUCGAAGGCCAAACAGCCAUCAAAACCAAACGACUGGUGUCCUUAUCGGAGCAAAACUUGAUCGACUGUUGUACGAACAAGUACGGCAACAACGGUUGCAACGGCGGCUGGAUGAACAGCGCCUUCCAGUACAUCAAGGACAACGGCGGGAUCAGUGGGGACGCGUCCUACCCCUACCAGGCCGAUCAACAACAGUGCAGAUACAACUCUAGAAACGCCGCCGCCACUUGCACCGGUUACGUGUCCAUACCGCAAGGAGACGAAGGGAAGUUGAUGGACGCAGUGGCAACGAUAGGGCCUAUAGCCGUCGCCAUCGAUGCACCCAACACGUUCCAACAGUACGCGGAGGGGGUGUAUUAUGAACAAACUUGUAGGACUAACAGUCCUGACCAUGCCGUUCUAGUUGUCGGUUACGGCACUGACCCACGCGGAGGAGACUACUGGCUGGUCAAGAACUCGUGGGGCAAGUCGUGGGGACUCGACGGAUACAUCAAGAUGGCGCGGAACCGCGGAAACCACUGCGGCAUCGCUAGCGUGGCCUCUUACCCGACGGUUUAA